AUGUCGAAGGCGCGUGCUGAUCGUGUGCACAGGGGGUCGUCUCGUCCUAAUAAAAGAUCUAAAAUAUUCGGCAGUGACGAUGAAAUACCUUCCGAAGAAAGUAUCAUCGAGUCUGACACUGAUCAACCAGUCGAUUACUAUGAGGAGGAUGAAGAAAUAGAAACCCCUCAUGAAAAACGUAUUAGGCUUGCCAAAUUGGCUUUAGCAAAGUCUAAAGAAGCAAUUGGUUCUGACGAUGACGAUCCUAUGGCUACAUUAACUGUUCGUCUUCAAGAGGAAGCUCUUCAAGCUAGGGGGAAGCUCUUUUUUCGAGUAGCUGAUAAGUUCAAUUCCGUGCCUCCAGAAUCCAUAAUUUGUCUUCUUGGUCAUAGAAAAACGGUUACCUGUCUUUGUAUAUCUUCAGAUACUAAAUACAUCUUCUCUGGUGGAAAGGAUGCAUCUAUUAUUAAAUGGAAUGUUAAUGACUUUUCCAAGACUAAAAUUGUCAGAGGUGGAAGGAAAGGAUCUUCUUCCCUCUAUCAUACUGGUCCUGUACUAGCCAUCGCCAUUUCUGAUGAUGGUAAAUACCUAGCUACCGGAAGCGCAGACCAUAGUAUUAUAAUCUGGAACCCUGAUACCCUUGAAUUGCUGUUUCGUCUUCAGCGCCAUCGUUCACCAGUUACCGCUCUCAGUUUCCAGCGUCAAUCUCAUAUGAUGUUUUCAGGAGAUAAAUUUGGUCGAGUCUGUGUUUGGAAUUUACCAUUGACUGAUAUUCUUCAGGAUCAAGGUGCUGCUACAAAGAUUGAAGUGCUCUCAAUUUGUGGACUUUCUUCAGAACGGUGCGUGUCCGCCUCAGGAUUUGGGGGUGCUGGAAUUUGUCUCUGGAAGGUCGAACAGGAGGUCUGCGUUCAAUAUGUCGUCAAAAAUCCUUCUGAGUAUGCCAUUGAGUGCGUAUACGCUGUAAAUGAUGAUCUUUAUAUAGGAGGUUCAGCUACAAAUUUGGCCUUCUCCAACGAUGGAAAGUGGCUGGUUGCAGGUAUCGGUCAGGAACACCGAUUAGGCCGUUGGGAAGAAAGGCGGAAAAUUAGAGAUGCUGUCUGUCUCAUUCCAAUCAAUAUUCCCUUCAAGUAA